GCGCGGGGAGCGCAACUAUCAUUCUACCAUCAACAUCACUCUCAUCUCUCCAGCGACCAAAACAGCUGUCUGACGGCCGUCGGCUGGGUAUAUUGUCAAUAGUACAAUGAACUUGUGCGGAACACUGAGAAAACAUUAAUGUAUGAUCGCUUAUAUGGAUGUAUUCACUUUUGAUGACUUUUUUCCUGUCAGGCGCGUAUGACAUCUUCUCCAUGCCAAUGUCUUUGUUUUGUAUACUCUCUAAUGGGACGCCGUAAGAUAACGAGAAGAAGGAUCUUGUUGAUACCCAAACGUGUUUCUCUAAUUUGGCUUUAAAGCGCCGGCUCUGCAUCAGCCCUCCCGCACCCCGCAAGAGAGUGUGCGCUCCGCGGAAGAUGGGCAUGCAGCUUGAAGGAUUGACCUCCACUCGGAAACUGGAAUCAGUGGCGUGAAGAAAAAGUAAGGCAUAUCAAAACGUUCUUUUUGGACCACUAAAUUAUCCCUGGGCUACUGAUUAUGCCUCUGCUGCCAUAGACUUGGGACCCGGAGGAGGGUGAGAAGAGGAAGAGCAGGAGUGUGCACGUGCAGUUAUGGCUCAUCCCCCAGGCCUAUAGAAGACCAGCUCAGAGAAAGAUCAGAGAGGAGUAGGACUGAGGACCAAAGGAUGAAGCCGUGGGGGAGGUCAACAUGGCCGUUGCAGGUGGCCUUUCUUGUCGCCGCGGUGAUGCUCUGCGGUGGCCCCGUGUCUGCUGGCAACCGUAACCAUCGGGGACAGACAGCUUCUUACCAGGUAAAGCAGGGUACCUGUGAUGUAGUGGCCAUUCACCGCUGCUGUAACAAGAACAAGAUCGAAGAACGCUCUCAGACUGUCAAGUGCUCCUGCUUCCCUGGCCAGGUCGCUGGCACAACCAGGGCCAGGCCCUCCUGUGUGGAAGCCUCCAUCGUGCUGCAGAAGUGGUGGUGUCAGAUGCACCCCUGCUUGGAUGGAGAGGAGUGUAAGGUGCUCCCCGACCUCACUGGCUGGUCCUGCAGUACUGGGAACAAAGUCAAAACCACCAAGGUCACCCGAUAGCAAGAUAAUUGGUGAGCUGUAAAGCCAACCAAGACUCAGAGACUAGCUCCAUAUGUAAAGACCUGCUGACACAUCUAAUAAUGAAACUGUCAAUGUCAACUACAGGAAGACAUUACAUCAUAUCAAGGUUUUGCAACAGGUACUGGAACACACAAAGAAGGCAGUGAUGAGUAGAGACUUUGGGGAUGCGAGGAAACACACUGCUCCAAAAGGACUACAAUAGACCAUUUAUGGAUACCCAGGGCAUGUUUGGACCGAGCAUUGGAAAUCAAAGAUACAAAGACUUUAUAUCGUCUUCGACUGAAUCAUGUAAUGGACUCACAAGAGUGGCCAACGAGAGGUUAUUUGGAAGCAACUGAAGGGUCCAAAUAGAAGGUUGAUUCAAUCAAGCUUUUCUGGAGGAGAAGAUGUGGUGGAUUUACAGACUGUGUGUUUGGAUGGAUCUGUGGAAAGAUCUGGACUAUUAAAACAAAUGGAGUUGUUUACCCCUCUGUUGUGAUGGUUUCUCUUCAGCUGCGAGGAGGAAGAGACAGCUCAUAACCAGUGAAACACAGUUAUUGUCUAUUACUUACUCUUGUGGUUCAAUUCACUAUCAUGAAAACUGUUUUCUGAGAGGCAUUUUGCAGCUCUAAUUAUGGUUGCUGAGUAGGCUCAUAACAGCAUAUUAAUGAUUCAUGUAACAUAUUUGCACUAGUUGAAAUCGUUUUGGGAAUGUUUUGUUUUUCUAGUUAUCUGGAGUAUUUUGCUGUAGAUGUCACAUGAAAUCAAAAAAAGGAAGAUAUUUUGUCAAAUAUCUACCUUUAUUGGUAAAGUUGAGUAUGUCAUUCCAAUCCGCCCUCCUUGGCAUUGUAGCAUUACUGGUUUAAUACAGUAAAAAACAUGUUAGUAUAAACUACGACCAUUACAACGUUUAAAAAGCCUUACAGUAAUUAGCGUGGUGCUCGACUGUGAACUAGCAAAGUGGCUAAUGCUUUAUUUGGAUAGUCCCUGUUGAUCAUUUGUAGAUGCUCGAAACUAUGAACAGAAUGUCCCAAAUGUGAUUCUCUGCUGAUACUCAACACAUGAGGAGGGUUAGACUGAGGCUUAGUUGAUAGUUAAGUUUUUCAUUUCUUGAUUGUUUAUUGAGCAUCCACAGUACAGUACUAAGAACCACCAUCUACAAUGGACGAUCCAAACAAAGGAUAAGACACAUCUCCCUAUUUCAGCCCAGAGAUGAUUUGAAAGCUUGAAUAAACAGCCUCUGUGACAUCUCGUAAGUUAGCUGUAAAAGAAAAAAGCCCAUAAAACAAUGGAAAUGGUUCUGCGUAUGUUGUUUUAUGUUGUGUUGAGAAUGUAGGUGAAAGGAAUUUGUUUCUAAAAUGUGACAUUCAUUCUCUGCUUCACCUUCCGGUCCCUUAUGUGGGAAAUACAGGAUUUGUUCUCAUACUUUUUCCUCAUCUGAAAGAAGCUGAAUUCUGCUGAAUGGUACCUUUCACU